AUGUCGGAUCAGUCAACCUGGGAUCGAAUUAGUUUUUAUUUUUCGUUAAAAUUAUUAAAAAACACUAACGAUCAAUCCGGUUAUUUGCGUAUAACUUAUACAAACGAACAAAAUGAAUUAAAUAUUCAAAUAUUGAAUACUAAAGUAGUAUUUCGUCAGAAUAAUGUACUUAUCAAUGGUAAAGUUCGCCAUGUAUUACCAUAUGAAACAAAUGAUGUUAUCAUUCGACGUGCAUCAACAGUAUUUCUUGAAGUUCGAAAUAUUCAAUCAACUGUUGUAUUACAUUACGAUCCAUUAGCGGCACGUAUUUAUGUUAAAUUACAUCCAUCAUUCGUUAAUCGAGUUCGCGGCCUUUGUGGGACAUUUAAUUAUAUAACAAAUGAUGACUUUUUAACACCGAAUAAUGUUAUCGAAACAGAUUUAGUCACAUUUGCCAAUGCUUAUCUGACUUCAUCAUGUUCGAUUUCUGAACAACAAACUGAUAAUUGUUUCAAUUUGCCAGCUAAUGAAUCCAAUGCACAAAGUGAAUGCACAAAUUUAUUAAAACACCCUAUGUUUUCAGAUUGUUCGCCAUUACAUGUUGAUCCAUCAUUUUUUCUUAAGGCGUGCAUACGAGAUCUAUGUGAAGACCAAUCAACAGCACAUCGUGAUGAAGUUAAAUGUUCUGUUAUAACAGCACUAGCUCAUGUGUGUGCUUUAAAAGGCAUAAUUAUUGACUGGAUGAGUAAUCAAACAUUAGCUAAUACAUGUCAAACAAUUAAUUAUGGCCAAUGCGGUUCAGCAAGUAGAGCACAUUAUUCGGAAUGCGUAUCGGAAUGUCAAUCAUUUUGUACUGAUAUUGAUCUAUUGCCAUCAUCAUGUAUAAACCAAUGUUUACCGGGAUGUGCAUGUGGCUCUGGUCAGUUCUAUGAUGAACAUUCGGAUGUUUGUCAAAGCCAACAAGACUGUUCUUGUUUUGAAUCUCAAUCUGAACAAUACAUACAUCCAGCACAUUCGCUUCGUAUGCAAUCACCAAUUGUAUCGAAUUGUUCAUGUUCAAAUGGUUCACUGCAAUGUACGCCAUUCGGUGGCAAUCAGUGCAGUUCAACACAAUUGUAUUCCGUAAAUGCAACAUUAUGUCCUUUAACAUGUACUAAUUAUCAGUCGCAUUUCGAUUGUGGUUUAUACGCACCAGGUUGUGUAUGUCCACCAGGAAAAAUUUUUCUUGAUGCAACAUCGAAUCAACAGCAAUGCGUUUCAAUAGACGAAUGUCCAUGUCAAUAUAAUCGUCAAUUCUAUAACGAAAAUCAAACAAUCAUGCAAAAUGAUCAUGGUUGUCAAAGUUGUACAUGUCGAAAAGGUGGUGUGUGGUCAUGUAAAAAAAUUCCAUGUACUAAAACAUGCACCAUAUUUGGUCACGCACACUAUCGAACAUUCGAUGGUCUCUAUUAUAAUUUUCUUGGUGCAUGUCAAUAUAUAUUAGUAGAAGAUUUGAACAGUGCGUUUCGUAUUCUAUCACAAAAUGUUCCAUGCGGCCCCAAUGGACAAAUAUGUUCAAAAAAUAUUGUCAUUGAAUAUAAUGGUGUUGUGAUUGAUCUUAUGCGCGAACGACCAAUAGUUUUGAAUGAUAUUGAACUAUCGAAUUAUCAAAUUCAACCAGUAACACUUGGUGGGAUAUAUAUCUAUCAAUUAGGUAUAUAUACUAUGAUUAAAACGGAUGCUUUCGCUGUUAAAUGGGAUGGUCAAACUUAUGUUGAGAUUGCUAUUCGAUCAAAUAGUGAAAUGUUAGGUCUGUGUGGAAAUAAUAAUGAUAAUUUUGAUGAUGAUUUAAAAAGUGCAGAUGGCGCAUCACAAUUCAAUGUUUUUGACAUGGCAAAAUCGUGGCAAACAUGUUCACAAUGUGCACCGGGAAAAAAUCAAUCGAUAGAUAAUGAUCCAUGCGGUGAAAAUUAUUCGCAAAGACGUACAUGGGCAAAGAAUAAAUGUGAUAUAAUCAAAAUAAAAUCAAGUAUAUUCAAUAAUCCAUUUGAGAUUUGUAUUGAUAAAAUGGAGACACAUUUAAUUGAAAAAUAUUAUCAAGCGUGUCUUUAUGAUGCUUGCCAUGUCGAUCAUGGUGGUGAUUGUGAAUCAGUUUGUACUGUUCUCAGUGCAUAUGCUGCUGAAUGUCAAUCGAUAAUAAAAACGCCAACCAUCAAGUGGCGUACAUCAGAUCGAUGUCCAGUGCAAUGUGACUCGGACAAAGUUUAUAUGCCAUGCGGUCCACUUUGUCCACAAACAUGUUUUGAAGAUGGUGAUUAUGGCGGCUGUAGUGUUGAUUCAGGUUGUGUCGGCGGAUGUUUCUGUCCCAAUGGUCAAGUUAUGGAUAAUAAUGGGCAUUGCAUUGAACCACAUCGUUGCCCUUGUUUAUACAAUAAUAUUAUGUAUCCACGAAGUACUCGAAUAAUAAUGAAGAAAAAUGAGACAUGUCGCCAUGAAUGUGAGUGCCAGCAUGGUUCAUUUUUAUGUGAUAAAAUUGAAACAACAAUAUGUGAAACAACUAAUUGUACAACGAAUCAAUUUACAUGUGAAUCUGAUGGGCAAUGUAUACCGUUAAGUUGGCUAUGUGAUAAAGUAGAAGAUUGUUCAGAUGGUACUGACGAAUUAUCAACUCAUUGUCAAUACGAAUGUUUCGAUAAAACGAAUUCAUUUCAAUGUUCUAAUGGACAAUGUACUAACGCAACAUACCGAUGUGAUGGUUUACCGGACUGUAGAGAUGGAAGUGACGAAGUUAACUGUUCUUAUGUAAUACCAUGCAAAGAAUAUGAAUGUCCAAGGAGCAAAUUAUGCAUACCAAAAGCAUGGGUUUGUGAUGGAACAUCGGACUGUGGCUAUGAAGAUGAUUCUGAUGAAAGUAGUAAUUGUAAAAUCAAUCAAUGUGAUAUAUUAAGUGGACGUUAUUUUCAAUGUCGAGAGGAUUUUAAUUGUUUGCCUGUUGAACAAAAAUGUGAUGGACACAGAGAUUGUAAUUUUGGCUCAGAUGAGCUGAAUUGUACGUUAUGUACAUGUACAUCUUCAUUUUCAUGUACUCACAUAUGUCAAUGCAUUGAUGCAAGACGUGUAUGCGAUGGAUCAAUAGAUUGCAUUGAUGGAACAGAUGAAUUGAAUUGUAUGGCCAAUUGUGCUAAAGAUGAGUAUACCUGUCUCGAUGGAAAAUGUUUAAAUAUCAAUUUCUUAUGCGAUGGAAUUCAACAUUGUUUGAAAGGCGAAGAUGAAACACAUCCAGAUUGUACAUCUUCAACAACAAAAACAACUGUUUCACACGGUUCUACCACUUCUACUAUGUCUCCAAUCGCUGGUAUCCUUCCUACUCUUACUAUAGAUGUCUUUACCACCCCUACCACUCCGAUUUGGUCAGCAUCACUAGCAUGUGCACUACAAGCAACCAUCAUGGACGAUCGAUUUCUUUCAACACCAGAAUUUUCUACUCCAAUCAUCGGUUCUAUUUCGGACAUGAAUCCUGGCGGAAACGGUAUUGGAUUCGUAGUAAAUAAUCCAGCAACUACAGUUAUUAUAACGCUUCCAUUGCAACAACAUAUAAUCAUAAAACAACUUGUUAAAUUUGAAAUUCUUCGACCGAGUAAUGUCAAUCGAUUUCAAUUAACAUUUCUUAAUAAAAAUAGACAACCUGUUGGCCGGUAUAAAAUAUUAUCAACGGAUGGUAAACAGAAAUUAACAUCCCCAACGGUUGAUACAUUUCCAAUAGAAGCUAGUCUGUUAAAACAUAUUCGGUUCUUUAAAAUUGAAAUCUUAGAUACCAAUGAUAAUCGACCACCAAAAAAUGUUACACUUCUAUUUCAAGCUUGUUUUAAACAAACUGGAAAACCGACACAAAAAAACUGUACACAAAUCGACGCGAUGAAGUCACUUUAUACCACCAGAAUUAUAUCUAAAUUCGGUGGUACUCGUCCAUUUAAUUCUACAUAUAAUCAUCUAUUACAAGGUUACGGUGGAGUUACAUACAAUACAUCACAAGCCGUCAUUGAUAUUCGUAUGCGUAAAAAUAUACUGUCUCGUUUUAACGAAAUAUCUAUUCCUGAUUAUAUGUUAAACCGAACGAAUGUAAGAAAAAUAAUCGUUGAAUUAUUUGAUAAAAAUCAUAACCGUUUGUUUUGGGAAAAAACAACCAAUAUGAAAGUUUUGAUACAUUCAACGAAAACACUUCGCGUGAGAUUUAUUCGCAUUUCAAUAUUGGAAACAACUGAUAAUAAUUCACCAUUUAAUGUUACUCUAUCCGUUCAAGGCUGUUUUUAUCGAAAACAUCCCACGAAACCAACUACGAAGAAACAAACGAAAACGACAACAGCGACAACAAAAAGUACAUGCUAUCGUGUUAACGCUGUCGAUCCUCAAUAUGCUCAUAGAAUUAUUGGACUAUUCGAAGGAACUCAACCAUUACCUAGUUAUUCAUUCAUUGAUUUUAUUAAAUCAACAAAACGAGGUGUUCAUUACGCAAUCAAGUCUCCUAUUAUUCGUAUUCGAUUUCAAACCAAUGUGAUUGGUCAACUAGAUGAAAUUUCAAUUUCACAUGGUGCCAAUAACAUACGUCAGUUUCAAGUUGAUCUAUUUGAUUUCGACAAUAGCUUACUUUUUUCAAGACAAACAACUUAUCUGAGAAAUAAUCGUUUGAAUACAUUAUCAAUAAUAAUUAAUCGUGAGCUAUUGGUAUCGACGGUACAAAUAACAGUUUUGAAUACCAUUGAUGAUCGGCCAGCUCGUGGUAUAAUAUUAUCGAUAAUUGGUUGCUUUUCAACGGUUCCACGCCUUUCCACUGCAUCUACGACGACAACCACCUUGGCACCUACAACUACGAGACUAACAACAAAACGACCACGUACAUCAGUUUUUUUGCAUGUUGGCCGCGUUCUGAUAUUUAUGAUUUUUUUUGUUUUAGGUGAUUGUGUUCGAAAAGAAUUGAUGACAAACAAAAAUAUCAUCAUUGGUAUUACAUCACAAUCUGAAAUCAGUUAUGGUAAUUUGGCGUCCAUUGGCCGGACUACAUCUGGUGGUAUAACAUUUUCUGAUUUAUUUCCAUUCAUUGAUAUCAUCCUACGUCCGAAUCUACUUAUUUACAUUCAUUCUAUAUCGAUCAUCUCGAAAGAAACAAACCUAGAACGAUUUCGUAUUGAAUUACUUAAUAAUGAAAAUGAUAUUCAAUAUAAAAUUGAAUCGUCUUCGAUGACAGUGAACUUAGAUUCACUACCAUCAGUUGUAUUGGCUGGUAUUCGCAUUACAUUUCUUGAAACAGAUGAUAAUCAACCACCGCAAAACAUCACUCUAUCAAUUCAAGCAUGCGUAGAUGAAAUACUAAUUAUAACACCAGCAACUACUACACCACUACCGACUACGCGUCGAACAUAUCCAACAACAACACCCAUUACACCAGAUAAUUGUGUUGAUAUUGAUGCAAUGCAAGAAUCAUACAGUGAAAGAACUCUUGCCGGUCUUAGUGGUACCAAUCCGCAAGGUAGUAAUACGUCACUUUUGGAUCUUAUCUAUGGAAAAUCUAUAUCGUUCGAUGAACAAGAUGAUGAAACUGUGGUGUUCAUUAUUUUUAAACCUAAUCUAUUUGUUUAUUUGAAACAUGUCGCCCUUACAUCAAUAUCGGAUAGCAAUGUAAAACGUAUUAGCAUAGAAUAUCUUGAUAGAAAUCAAGUAUUGAUAAGAAAAAUAACUGUUGAUUAUUCAAAUGGAUCAAAAUCUAUGGAGCCAAUUCAAAAUGUUGGUGCAGUUAAAAUCACAAUUGAAGAGACGUAUGAUGGAAAGUCAGCAAAAAAUGUUCGUCUUGCAGUCAGAGGUUGUUUUGCUCUUCCACCUAAAUCAACAGCAACGGUACAUUCAACUAUGUCAACAACAACACCAACUCCAUGUCAUCAUUUAAAUUUAAUGUCGAAUAAACCUGUAUCUACUAAAGUUAUUGCCUAUAUAGCCGGCACUAAUCCAUGUUCGUCAUCAAUACUUAAUUAUUUUAAUCCAUCGAAGUCCAUUUCCUAUUCAAAAUCACAUCCGAAAGUUCUCAUUAUAUUUAAAACAAAUAUUUAUGUUGAAUUAAAAUCAAUAUCAAUUAUAAAUAAUGCAACAAAUGUUCGCGAAUAUAAAAUUGAUUUAAUCGAUAAUGAUCGACUAAUUUUACAAACAAUCACUGUGGAUAAUCAGCGUCCUCAAUUAAAUGUUACUUUUUAUGUUCCGAUUGCUGCUUUACAAAUAACAUAUCUCACAACUGUAGACGGAAAGACACCGCGAAAUAUUACCUUGAGUAUUGAUGGAUGCUUUGGCAUAAAUCUAUCCCCAACAACAGCAACUCAACGCACUACGGUAACGACAGCGCGGCAUUCGUCAACGUCGAAAACAUAUCAUUGCCAUGAAAUUGAGAUGAUGAAUAAACUUGAUUCUACUAUAUUGGUCGAUUCUAUCACUGGUACAUUACCCAGAAAAACAACGCAUACAUUAACUGAUUAUUUCAAUCAAACAUCUUCGGUUUCAUAUGAUGAACAACAAUUGCCAAUAACUUUUCUCAUGAUUUUUAAACCGACUAUUUUUGCUGAAAUUCAUUCGGUGUCGUUGACAAGUGUAAUAACAAAUGUCAAACGAUUUCAAGUCGAUCUUAUCGAUGAUUAUAAAUCAAUUGUACAAACGAUUGAAUCUAAUAAAGAUCUAAUUGUUGAUGGUUUGACAGAAAUUGGUAUUGCUGCCCUACGAAUUAGUUACAUUGAAACAAAAGAUAAUCAAGCCCCGAUUAAUAUUCGCCUAUCGAUCAAGGGUUGUUUUGGUGUUCUACCAACACGUCGACGAACAACACCGUCAAUCGCAGCAGUUUCACCGCCAACAACACCAAUGAUCGAAUCGGCUACGACAUCAUUACCUCGAACAACACAGAGAAUAAAACGUAAUAAAUCGAUAUCACUUAGUUAA